GUAAUAUACGUGUUUAGAAAUCUACACUAAAUUUCAAGCUUUCUCUAUUUGUGGCUAUUAUUGUUCUAUGAAGCUCUCGUUCACACCAUCCUCCAAUAAAAAACCAAAGGCUCUCUAGUUUUACGCCAAAAAAAUCCUCUCCACACCCAAAGAACCUAAAGAAAAAGGAAAACCAACCAAAAGCACACAUCUCAGAUUCUUGCAAGCAGAAAGACAGAGAAACUUGUAGCACUACUCUUGGGUGUUUUUCAAUGGCCGCUUCAAUUUCAGCAACUGGGUUUAAAGGAGGUUUUGGUAUCAAUUCAUUUAUGGUUGGUGAAGACUAUGGCAUGUUGGCUAAGUCAGUGCCAAUACAUGUAAGGGUUGCAAAGCCAGUAAGAUUGGCGCCCAUGAUGAAGAACGUCAAUGAAGGGAAGGGUCUUUUUGCACCUAUUGUCGUUGUCACUCGCAACAUAAUUGGCAAGAAAAGGUUUAACCAGUUUAGAGGCAAAGCAAUUUCCUUACACUCUCAGGUGAUUAAUGAAUUCUGCAAAUCAAUAGGAGCAGACUCGAAACAAAGGCAAGGACUGAUCAGGUUAGCCAAGAAGAAUGGAGAAAGACUUGGAUUCCUCGCUUGAGGAAAGGCUAUCAUCACCAUUUGAGAAGCUUCAAAUCCAUAUCUUAUUUUGUUAAAAGACUUUGGGAUGUAAAAGAUCUCUUCAUAUGCGUACCUUUGAACCAUAAUGUUCAUUAUAUUCCCACAUCAUUAGUCAUUUUAGUUGUAAUAAUACUUUGUCCUCAAAUUAUCGAACAA